CAAAUUUCGGUUAAUUUGACCAUAAAAAGGUGAAAUAAGACAAAAGAUUUGGGACAGAGAUAGUAAAUUAUUGGAAUCGUAAUUUCAGUUUAUUGACAUGCCCUUUUACUCUAUCUUCUGCAAGAAAUUAUCCGAGAAGAGGCCAAGACAGGAGGCCUAUUAAUAUGUAACUCCCAAUUUUAUUACAAACUAUGUGUUGUCUUCAUGGAGAAUUCAGACUCUAAUAGUUCAUGUUCAGACUCUGUUAGUUCAUGUUCAGACUCUGUAACAAUUUAUCCAUAUUGUGAACAACAGAUUCACCGACAUGAGCUGAUACUGAACGAGGAUUAUCAUGCUCACGAGGGUAAACAAUGUUUUGGCUGCGGUUUGGUGCUGCAUAGUUCAUCUGCUGUUUAUCGUUGUAUUGACUUUAGCAGUUCUGAUGUAGAUGAGGCCCAUGAGGGUUGUGCUCAGUUCUUUAUUCACAAAAGCUGUGCACAUUUGCCAGAUCGCAUUAAGCAUCCAAGCCACAAGCAUAAAAUGGAUCGGGAUAACUGGCCUCGUGAGGAAAAAGGAAGUUGUAGCCUCUGUGGCAUCAAGGUGAAGGGGAUAAGUUACUUAUGUUAUCUUUGUAAAGAGAAUUAUAGGCUCUGUCUGUUUUGUGUUAUUCCUUUAAAUAAAAUUAAUAUAGACACUCCUUAUCAUUCUCACAAGCUUACCUUAUCGACGAGGUUAGCCACUUUUCAGUGUGAUGCCUGCCGUGAGGUGGAUACCGACUUCUCUUAUAUGUGCUACACAUGUCCGUUUUAUAUCCACCUCGCCUGUAGUAAUCUACCUAAUUUAUUGGAAACUAAAAUUCACCCCAAGCAUCCUCUUAGGUUAGCAUAUUCUCUUCCAGAAAUUCACCGUAAAUUCCUACAGCACUGCACAAUCUGUAGAACUCAGCUGUUCCAUAGUCAUUGGCUCUACUACUGUCCCAACUGCAGAUUCUUUGCCCACAUCAAAUGUGCUAUAUCAGCUCACAUUUCCAGUGACAAAGAGAAGGACGACGAUGAUGAUAAUUUGGUGCACCUCCCUUUGCCAGAUCACGAGUCGUUGUUGCAGCAAUGUAUUAAGAAGAAGAUUAUAUAUUGGUUGCAGGAUGCUCCUGUGACGCCUCCUGUUGAAAUAAACCAUUGGAGCCAUGACCAGCAUCGAAUGUUACUUAUGCACAGAAGCGGUUCAAUUAUAGCGGAUGAUAAAGGAUUGCUUAUUUGUAACCUUUGUACCAAAUCUAUAUCCACUGUUGAUGACACUGAUGAUGUAUUUUAUGAAUGCAGUGAGUGUGAUUUUAUUCUCCACAGAUACUGUGCCCUGUUUCCAAAAGAAAUGCAGCAUGACCUAGAAGGCAAGCUCGUCGGAAUUCAGCCCAGUGUCCAUGAAAUCUGGUCUUGCAGUCUCUGUAAAGGCUUUAGAAAUGGCGCGCAAAUGCAGACCACAUAUGUCCAUUGCACAGAAUGUGGAACAACAAUUGCUGUCAAGCUUGACAUCGAGUGUGCUCUUCUACCCAAACAAAUCAAACAUGAAGUUCAUCAUCACAUUCUUACACAAUAUCGUGAUUGUUUCAGUCAUAAAUGUCUUGCUUGCAACAAACCAACAAGAGAAGGCGACGCCCUAUUUAAGUGUCUAAAAGAUGACAUGGCGGUUUUUACUAUACAUGUAAAUUGUGUUCUUAAGCCACACAGAUUGACUCAUCGUUGGGAUCCUCACCCCCUUGACUUGAUAUUCUCUCCCGCGGAAGUAGAAGAUCAUCCUCAUGAAUUCCAGUGUGAAUUUUGCUCUGAAGAGAUAGACACCAACUGUUGGUUCUACCAUUGCAGUGUCUGUGAUCUGUCCUUCCAUCUCGGAGAAUGCUUAGAUCUGUCUCCCUACUCGAGGGUCAAGUUCGGGGCAACAAAUAUCAAGAUUCAGGAUCACCAUCACGGCCUAACCUUCGUUCUAAAUAAAAGGCGUCAACCAUGUCAAAGAUGCCAUAAAGAUACAUAUGGUAAGCCCGUCCUUGAGUGUAAACCUUGCAGAUUCACACAACAUGCUCAGCCUGAUCUAUGCUCUUGAUGUUAUAAGUUGUACAUGUUCAGAUUUGUUGUUUGUACUUGUUUAUCAGUAUACAAUGCAGUCCGAAAACCAGGCUGCUUUGUUGUUUCAGCUAUUUAAGUAUAACUACCAAUGCAAAUUAUAUUCCAAAGAGAUGGACACAAACAAUUGAUUCUACAAUCAAUCA